AUGCCGACGGGAAAACCGAGAGUUCGAAAUUACCCGAAGACUUCUAUCCUCGCAAAAAGCCUCGACGCUGUCAAAAGUCGGUAUGAACCUGCGAACACUGUUGGCCAAGUAAAACUCUCGCAACUUGAAGAAGCUGCUGCAAGCGUCGCCGCAGAAUAUGCCGAGUUCGAAACACCAUGGGAGCAGUCGCUCAAAUUGAUGGUGGAGGCCGCGGGCGUGAGCCUGAGCCCGCCAGAAAACCAGACAGCCGAGCGAGCCGCUGGGGAUCGACUGCCGCCGCUUUUCCCAGAUGAUCUGACCCCGUCUAAAGCAGCAGAUUGUCUGAGAAGAAGAAUGGGCGGCGGGCGAAAAUCUCCGCAGGCACUCAAACCUGGCCAUGACGGGAUGGAAUGCUUCAAGCUCUUUACUCGAGCAGGCUUUCAGAAACAGAUUGGGUUUGCUUUUCUAAAAAGGAAGUAUCCAGCUGGAGAAGUUUUAUCGAAUCAUUAUGAUAUAGAAACUGUUCCAGACGUGAUUUCCUCCUCCGAGUUCUGGCUCUUCUCCAACCACGGUGUCCUUUAUUCCUCCCCCGACGACGCUGAGUUCCUCACCCUCGCCGCCUGGGCCGAGCAAUACAGGAAAUUCAAAUCGCUGCAGAAAGCAACACUUGCGCGGUUCGAGCGAGCGCUGAGGAAUCAUCCAAAACUGGUGGAGCAUACGAAAUUGCGACUCCAGUCAGCGCUGGUGGAAGCGAGGAGAAAACAGCUCAUGCAGAUUUGGAAUACGAUCAAUCAGGAUCACCUGGCGAUUGUAUCUUUGAAGCAAGCGGCUGAAGGAGCAGAACUUAUUCCUGAAAUCGGAAAGUGGGAAGAAAUGUUCAAAAUUCAUGUUUCGGACAUGAUCCCUAUUUUCGGCCUGGCCCUUCAACGAGCUCAGGAUUACGCUGUCACCACCUCCUCACCUUCCACACUGAACAUUUUGAAGAGCUUUGAGUCAACACUGCCGAAUAUCGCUGCAGAUGGCGCCUCCGAAGCUCUCAUCUCCCAAAUCAUGGAGAAGAUCCACAAGUGCUUUGGCGAGCUCAGAUCUUUUGUCGAUCACCAACUUCCACAGCAUCAUCAGGCUGCCAAGUAUUUGUGGGAAUUCGAUUUGGAGAAAUUUGUGGAGAACGUCUUUCGCGAUGCAGAUGGCCCAGGCUUCUUGAAUAGCAGUUUUACCGAGUUCAAUGAAUGGAUCGAAUCUCUCGACGGAAGGAGCCAUAUUUUCGGCACUGCGAUUCUCACGACAGAAGGCUACUGUAAUGGCAUGAAGUCCAAGAUCAAAUCCAUGCGUGUUCGAGUCGUCUCCUCGGUCGAGUUUCAUAUGCGAAACUAUAUCUCCCACUUUUCAUCUCUCGCCGACGAUCUCGCCGAAGAACUUGCAAAAACGAAGAACUAUGAGAAAAUUCACCAAAUCGCAAAUGAUAUUGGCAAGAUCGUUGCAAGUCGGGAUGAGGCUGUGGCGAAGAUAAAGCUGUUGCUUCUUAUUUCGGGCCAUAUUCCUGAAAUGAACGAAGAGAUCAAGCAAGAAUUGGAAAAGAUCGCGAAUCUCUUCUCAGGAAUCCACAAAAACGUCGACGAUACUGUCGAUGGGCUCAAGAAUCCAAAACAGCACGUGGUAGAUGAACUCAAGCGGCGCUACAUCGAGACUCAGAAGAAAACAAAAACAUUGUUAAAUAACGUUAUGGGGAAUUUGUCGACGAAACCAACACUCGAUUCCAGCGACGAGUAUUCGCGCAAACAACUGAGAUUUUACCUGGAACGGUAUCACGAAAUUAGCCAGCUGAAUGAAGUGAACUCGAAUAUAACUGCAGGAAUCGAAGCACUGGGCCACUCUUUGCCUUACGAAAGCAUCACUCCUCAAUGCGCAUUUUUAACGAAACAAUGUUAUCAAAUCUGGAACUCGGUCCAAUCAAGCCACAUCAAACUCGAAAGCGUCAGAGAACUCAAACUAGCCGAGCAGCGCAAAAUCAACGACACGUACAAGCAGUUACAGCUACUUAUCGAAGACGUUGGCGACGCCUUGCACAAUUUAAACGAGCAACUUGGCGAGAUACAAAAUUUCAAUGCAGAUGUAUUAUUUAGUCGAAAAGAGGAACAAGCACAAAACGCAGAAAACGAAGAAUAUACGAAUAGUCACAUAAAGAAAACGCCAUUUAUCAAGGAGCAAAUACAGCCAUUUAUUAAAAAGGUCCAUUUUUGGGAGUGCGUCGUCGCCUUGGUCGUCAAAAUCAUCAGCAGCAAUUUCCGAGAAAAAGAGUGGAAUCAAUUCAUGAGCGUGUUGAAAUUAGAAAAAGCGCCGAAAGAGACGAAAAUCAAAGAAACUCAAAUAAUCGAAAAAGAGCAGAAAAUAUGCAACAGACUUCUAGCUGCUGCAGAUCGCGCGAAAAAUCUUCAAUUGGAAAUGGACAAAGUAAAGAGGUCCUUAGAUCAUGAUUUCAUCCCCGUCGUCCUGAGAGAAGUGCACCAAGAGAACGAAGAGCUGUAUUUCGACUCGCAGCUAGAAGAACUAAUCGAGCAAAUGCACGAAUACCGAAGAAAUGCGAACUCUUGGAAAGUCCAGCUGACCUGGGCAGAGCACCUCGGCGACGACGAUCUCGAUCGAAUCAUGUGUGUCGAAGCGCACUUGAUCCACGAGCGAAUCUGCACGAUCAUAAACAAGCUGGAGAAAAUCUACCGCAUCAAUAAUAUCGCAGAGGCGAUCGCGACGUAUAAACUGGUUGGUUUCGACGCGUUUCUGGAAGAAAAAAUGAGGCUUUUCAAGCUUUUUGAGAACAAAUAUGCGAGCGAAGUUUUACUUCUAACCGACGAAAUCAACAAUGUUCAAGUCCCGUCAAUAGAAAACGUCCUGUCUAAGCACCUCGAUGAUUAUGAGCUUUUGCGACUUAUUCCUCAACAAGAACUCUUAAAACUUAUCCCUCUUGGGCUCAAUAAAAGAACGCUUAGCACAAUUUCAGCAACUCUUUUCACAGAAAUAUGCGACUUCAAUAUCCGAGAAGUCUGCGAAGGCUGGCAUAUCGAAUCCGUCCUGCUCAAAGAUCAAACAAAAUUAAAAUUCGACAACCUGUUUUCCUCAAAGACCCAGUUCUUUGGCGCAUUUUUCAAGAAAUUUGAGUCAGAAGUGAUCAACCUUUGCAAGAAAAAUGCACAAAAUGCGAUCAUUGCUUUAGAAAAGGAGCCAGAAAAGCUUCUUGAUGUCGAUUUCUGGAAUAAAUCAUCGUUGCCGUCAAUGUUGCUUGUUUUGGUCUACCUGAAAUUUUCGACUGAAGCUGAUAUAACAGACGAAGAAGUGAAGAAAUUCCAGAAAGGUUUGUCCGAAACCAAUAUUCCUCGUCUUCAAAAUUUGGCUGGAGCGAUUUCUCAAGAUCCGACAGAAAUAACUCUUGCAAUCAACAAUGACGACCACGAAAUCUACGUCAACAAUCGCCAAAUCGAUUACUGGCCGACAUCUAAUACUGUCCAAUGCUAUGUCUCUGGAGUCUGUAGGCUAGCCAAACUCGCUGAUGAAAACGAUCCACUCAAUACUAUCCGAGUCACGAGCAUUCAUUCAGCCACUUGUUAUGCAGCCCUUCGAGGAAUAAAACUCAUCGUUGCGAAAGAAAACCAUCCUCUCUUAUUCACACACGAAGACAGUUACAUUUACCUGGAUUUCGACCUGAUCAACGACGAGCAGAACCAAAUUGCAGACAUUUAUCUUGAAAACAUUUCCAAGGAAAUAUCUCGACCGAUGAUCUUCAUUCGCGAGCAAAAUUUCAACGAGAACAUCAAACUCUUUCUCCAUCAGCAACCAUCAUGCAGCUUGAAAAUGAGUCGGAUUCAGAAACAAGCAUUAAUUCACAAAAAUCUUCUUUCGUCGCAAAGUCUUCUUGAGACUGUUACAAAACUGUCUUCGCGACUAAAGCUGAGCCACUGUAAGUUCCCUGAAUUUCUUGAGCAAACGGCUGCCCUGCGAAAUCUUAUGGAAGACGUUCAAGAAAAGGCAUCAUCUCCAACUUCUGAUUCUUCAUCAACAAAAAGCUCGAUUGAAAGGCGAAAAGAAGGCUAUACUCGACAAGUGAAUCGAAUGAAGGAUACGGAGAUCGCCAUGGCUCUGGCAUUUUACUUCAUGACAACAUCGAAGGAAGAGUGCUUCAACGCCAUUUCGGAUAAAAACCGAAUGAAUCUGAUCUCUGAUGCGUUUCCAGUCAUGCGAGUCACCCUUUUUGAGCGAAUGUUCGAAGCAACAGCAAACAAAUUUGUCGAAAAAAUUGCCACUCUUUACGCUCAAGAUUUGAUGAUCAAUACUUCGCAAACAAAGGCUCUUCAAUCUUUCGUCCACCAAAUGCUCCUAGGAACAUCUCAACGUCAAUCUGUUCAUAUUGAAGACACCUGCGUCACAGAAGACCUCUUGCUCAUGUUGACAGACUGUUUUGAAUGCGGACAAGAUCACGUAAACCGAGCUGGCAGCGCAAAUACGAAAUCGUCCGGUUCUUCAACCAAAUCGCAGAAAAUAACGAGAGUUGGAAACAAUCUACUCCCGGAGAAAGUGCAUCUCGAGUUCACCAACGACGUCGAGCAGUGUCUCCAAGAGUGCACUUUUACCACCCGAACAUGGAUUAUCACACGUGAUCAAGAAUUCUGCGACUUUGAUCGACUACCAUCAAAAUGUUGCAUCGUGCGUUUAGUUCCAGUUCCCGAUGGAAUUACAGUCCCGAAAUUCUUCUGGAAGGCCUUUUACAUUAAAAAACUGGACUACCUCGAUUCUACAAUCAAAAUUCCAUACUCAAGUAAAUGCAAAUUCUUGCAAAACUCGCUGAAAACAUUGCAUAAAUUCGAUCGAUACAACACCGACGUUUACAAAAAUGAAGAAAUUCAAGAAAAUACUCUCUUCAACUGUGAUAAUCUGGCUCACUGGUCGGUUCUCAACGCUGUUGAUCGAGUUGUUAUCGUUCAGAAAUUAUUUCUCUUCUGGGCUAAGUCACAAGGUCUUCUGCCUGAGGAUACAAAUUCAAACCACGAUGAUAUUCUUGAUCGAAUCGCUCGUCUGAGCAUCUUUUGGUCGUAUGCUCUUGGUCUCAGUCCAAACAAUAGAACAACGUUUUCUGAAGAGUUCCACGAAGUCAUCGAAGAAGAAGCAGAUGAUGAUCUUAGCCGAGUCUUUAUAAAUGCUGAUGGCGACUUUGAAGAGUUUGACGCAAGAAGCAGAAUCGAACAAAAUGUGCCAGGAUAUGUUCUUUCGGUAGAACUUCUUCAAGGAAAAUGGCUUCUCGGCGUUUUGGUUCCAACAGAUCAAACGAAGAUCAAGUCAAAUCUUCAGUUCACCGGUCCUGCAGGCUGUGGAAAGAGCCACUUGAUAUCCUAUUACGACAUCGAUCACCCAAAGCCCCUCCAAACCAGGGUCGUUCCUGGAGCUGCUGAAAGCUUUCACCGAAGAUUCAAGCUUUAUUCGCCGUGUCAACUUAUUCCAGAUCAGCUUUCCAAAGCGAACUCUCACCGCUUCAUCAGAUCUUUUACUAAGCCGAUCAUCAGUGUUGCUGGGCCUGAUCAAACUGCAUUCGAAGAUGGCAGAACAUUCUUACAGUAUCAAGUUGACUUCUCGCCAGAUAUAAAAGACAUUUCCUUCCAGUUUCUCUACGGAAGAAUUCUCUGGCUGGCGAAGAAUUUGAACAAGCGACGGACGCACGAGAUUCCCAUUGAAGAAAUCACCGAGCUGAUUAUUUCUUGGAUUUCGACCCUUUUGCAGCGACGAUAUCUUGAAACAACGAUGCUCAAUUGGCAGCGAAUGGCAGCCGUUUGUCUUGGCGAAUUAAUGGGAUAUUACUACCGCGAAAGCCAAGAAGGUGGAACUUUUACAAAAGCGAAGUGGGACGAAUGGUUCAAAGCGAUUCUGAUCGACAGUAUGAUCGAUCUGACGAGAAUGUUUUCAAAGUCGGGAAAUCCUGCACUUCAUUAUGGUGGGCAGUAUCUUCAGCGAUUGAAGACCAUUCUUGAAACAAUCGAAACGAAGGAGUUCAAAGGCAACAGAAUCUCAUCCUUUUCAAAACAUGCGCGAAGUAUCAUCUGGCAAAUCAAGUUGAAUGCUGAAAAGAAAUCAACGCUCAACAUCUACUUUUGA